AUGGACCAGGCGGCAUUGAACGAGACGAUGCAACAGUUCCGGGUGAUGCAGACCAACAUGCAGACGCUGUCUGAUGAGGUCGUGCAUCUGAGGGUGGAAAACGCCGAGCUACUCCAGGCGCGAGAUGAAGCGCGCCAGGAGUCGCCCUUCGCGGAUGAAGCAAGGACCGGCUCUAUGCCAAACGAGGCCAUCUUUAGUGAGCUUGAAGGCUCUUCCAAAGCGCGCCUCCCUACCGUUCAGAUCAUCCGUCCGCACCUUCCCUCUUCAUCCCGCUUCCUCCUCCUCACGCUUCGGACGGUAGCACGGCGAUUUCCGCCUGUAGCGCGCUCAGCCGUCCCCUCCCCCCUCCCUGUCUCGUCGCACGCGCAUUGCGCUCCUGCCGCCGCGCGCGCUAAGCACCGUCCAGCACCGCGCGUGCCUGCCCUUCCUUGCGGUGUGCUCUGCCCUUCCUCAACCCGCCCCUUCCCUCACCCUCCUCCUCCUUCCCUCUCUCCUUUGUGCUUCCCCCCAAUACCUCACCUCUUCCUCCUCCUAUUUUCUCUCCCCAUCUGCUGCGGCUCCUGUUUCCUCCUCCUCAUGGCGACCUCUCUCGCCCUCCCCUCCCUCCCUCUGCUGGUCCUUCAGCUUGCGCCCGAUGGCAGUGCAGUCAACUUCCCCAGUUGGCUGAACUGUCUUGAGCGCACGCUGUCUGGUACCCUCGUGAGUGGCUUUAACCUAUGGUUUGUCACUCAGCAGAGUGGUUCUGGCGCCAUUCCCACCUCUCCCUCUGGACCCACCUCUUCCUCCUCUGACCCCUAUGCUGAUGGCCUCCGUGCUGCCAUUGCUGAAACUGAGCGGCUUGUGACCACGGCGCAAGCCACCGCCACGGCUGCUCCUGACAAUGCUGCUGCCCGUGAUUUAGCUCGUAUUCUUGCUGAGUCCCUCGAGAGCACCCGCAAGCGCCUCACUGAGCACCUCGCUGCCCCUUCUCCUCGCUCUGUAUCUACGCCCAUUUCCUCUGCUCCAUCUCACUCUGGUCUUCUCGCUGACUGGCAUGUUGCCAACGCACGUGCCUGUCAGGUCAUCCUUGCCUGCCUCCCUCCAACUCUUCUCCCUCAGUGCUCGCACAUCCGCUAUGCCAAGGACCUUCUCUGCUAUCUUACCGAGCGCUUCCAGUCGCAGACUCCUAUCAGUGUCAUUGCCCUCUUACGCGAGCUCACCUCUCUUCGUCUUGCUGACUUCACCACCAUGGCGGACUACAUUGCUCGUGUGCAGACGCUGUCCUCCCAACUUGCCUCUCAAAAGUUUGAACUUUCCGAUCAUGUGUGCGGUGCCCUCCUUGUGAGGAUCUAG